AUGGCACCUCCUAACUGUGGAAGUGAAUAUUACAACUAUAAGGGGACUAACAGUGUAGUGUUGAUGACACUGGUUGACCAUAACUAUUGUUUUACUUAUGUAUCAAUCGGCAGCAAGGGGUCAGCAUCGGACGGUGGUAUUCUCCAAAAUUGUGAACUUGGACAACUUUUGCUAAAAGAUCUGCUUCCAUUAGGAUAUUGCGUUGUAGCCGAUGAUGCAUUUCCGUUGCGAUAUUAUAUGAUGAAACGAUAUAAAUGUUACAGAACAGCUCUAACUGAACCUCAAAAAAUUUUUAAUUAUCGCUUAAGCAGAGCAAGACGUAUUGUAGAAAAUGCUUUUGGCAUUUUGGUUAGCAGAUUUCGAGUAUUUGAUAAAAAAAUAUAUUGCAAUUUAAAAACGGUGAACAAACUUGUACUAGCUGCGUGCGCUCUUCACAACUUUCUACGAAAAUCUUCCUCUACAUACCUACCACCUGGCUCUAUUGAUGAAGAAGAUAUAUCGAGUGGUUUAAUGAGAGAAGGUCGCUGGAGAACGGAAAUAAUUGAGCUUCGAAAUUUGGAAAAUCAUAGGGAAAGAAGAGCAUCAGACUUGGCCAACAAAAUACGCGAUAAUUUGAAAAAUUAUUUUGUAAAUGAAGGAGCUGUACCCUUGGCAAUAUAG